AUGAGGAAGAGAGCGUGCGAUUCCUGUCACAGGAGGAAGAUACAAUGCGAUGGAGCCGUUCCUCAAUGUAACUGGUGCAAACACCACAGUAUGACCUGCACCUUUCAUCGGGCCACCAAGGUGAAGAAGCGCGUAGCCGCAGCAAGGGCCGGGUCUGAGAAAGAUCUGGUUGCUCGUCUCAACCGCAUCGAACAAGCUCUCCAUGCGACUCGACGGAGCCAGGACGCAGGGCAGGGGCAAGAUGGCCAGACGUCAUCAGCAGCGCCCUUGUCCGACGGGACCGACCCACCAGCCAUUAACGGUACCCCGGAAACAAGACGAGGCCGAGCCUAUGACUCAUCUGUCCGGGCUUCCGGCGCAACCGCAGGGAAGAUGCACUUUGCCGGGUUUUACUUGGGAGACAUUGGCUCUCACAAUGGUAUCCCCUUCUUCUCUCAAGAUGGCCAGGACUGGAUUCGAUCCAGGGCCGGCGAGGAUGCUUCCUUCCAAGCUCUAUUUGCCAUGGGACCGCUCUGGCAUACCCAACACUCGGUUCCCAUCUUUCUCGAUUUUCCGCAGCAGAACUCAGGAGGGGGGCUGCCUGACAGAGCUGUCGUGGAGGAGUUCCUGGCCCAUUUCCGAACGUCCCAUUUCUGCUUGACGUUCCCACUCAUUGACCAUGUCCUUUUCCUCGACACCAUCGACCUAGCAUAUCAGCCUCCCCAGGGUGCGUCGACACUCGAAGUCGUGACGGCCAAGGCUUGCGUGUUCGCCUUCUUGGCUAUCGUCUCUCUGUUCCAAUCGGAAUGGGAGUCAACACCCGAGAUAGAUGGAGAGGCAUGUGUCGCCGCAGCACGGAGCUUGAUGGCGAUCUUCAUGCAAGACCCCAACAUUGACGCCCUUCAAACACUCUUCAUGCUGACUUUGUUCCACAUGUUCUGUGGCCACCUGCAACAAGGGUCCAUGUUCCAUUCGGCCACAUGCCGAAUCUUGUUCAUGCUUGGAGCACACCUUGAGCAAGGCAAAAGCCACGCCCCGGGCCAGUCAUCCAAGGCCGACCGCGACGGGAGUUGGCGCGUAAGAAACCAGGCCAGAAGGAUUUUUUGGUUGGCGUACAAACUCGACAAGGAUAUUUCUCUCCGGACUGGCCAGCCUCCCUGUAUUGACGACGAGCACUGCGACCUGACGCUACCACCUGCAGAUUGGUGGACGCGAAGUUCCGAUGACCGAGACGGAGCCUCCCCAUCGUUCCUUGACGAAUCGACCAUCACGUCAGCCCUCCAACCAGAUUCUCUGCAGCUGACAAUUAUCAAGUCCAAGACCUGCAGGACGCUGUACUCGAUCUCGGCCCUGAAAAAGGGCGAUGCCGAAUUGCUUAGGGACAUCCGCGAGCUAGACGACGAGCUUGAAAGUUGGCGGAUGUCUGUGCCGUCAUCUUAUCGACCGACAUUGACGUUUCCUCGAGGAAAAGUAGUUGUUCGGAAUGGUCGGCUCGGCAUGGAAGAGAUCAUUCUUCAUUUCGAGUAUCAUUACCUGAUGGCCAUGAUCCACCGAGCAAGCGGAAGAUGUCGUUGUUGGGCCAGCGGCGAAAGCAGCGGCUUGGAAGGAGUAAGCUCGAGCCAAGCACUGUCGGUGCAAGCGAGCCGAUCGACGCUGCACUUUCUCCGAGCAGCAAUCCAUGGCGUGGAGCAGGUGGCAUUCUGGUUGAUGGUGUUUUACCCAAUGUCGGCGAUACUGGAGAUAUUCUGCAAUUUGCUCCUGCACCCUCUACACCCACAGUCAGAGGAGGACCUUGAACUUCUAAAGUCCGUCCCGGUGCUCGUUGAAGGGCUGCGGACACGCAAUCUGACGGAGAAAGAAGUAGCACAUGUGAAAAUGAUUGAUGAUUUCGUGGCCGAGCUGACGAGGCUGGGGAAGUGUGCCAUGAUCAAGGCGCGACAGGAACAGCAAGCCGCCUGA